AUGGUGAAGCAGACGAUCCAGAUUUUCGCGAGGGUGAAGCCCCCUGGCCGGAAGCACCAACAAGGGAUUUAUUCCAUAAAUGAAGAUGAAAAAUUAGCACCUAGCUUGGAAAUUAUCUUACCGCAUGAUUUGGCAGAUGGAUUUGUGAAUAAUAAGCGAGAAAGCUAUAAAUUUAAAUUUCAAAGAAUUUUUGAUCAGGAUGCAAACCAGGAGACCAUUUUUGAAAACAUUGCCAAACCAGUUGCUGAGAGGUAG